AUGAGGGGAAACCAUUUCACCGGAGAAUUACCGGAUGAGUUUGCUAGGCUCCAUCGACUAAAAUGGCUCGAUUUGACACUCAACAAUCUCAAUGGGAAAUUCCCGCCUUGGAUUGGUUCAUUACGAGAGCUUGAAGCCUUGUACCUCGGGAACAACAGCUUCACCGGUGUGAUCCCGCAAUCCAUCUUUAACAUGUUCAAGUUAACAACGUUAGUUCCUUCAAACAAUCAGCUUGUCGGGAACUUUCCGGCUGAGAUCUAUAACAUGUCAUCUCUGCAAAUCAUUUGGUUGAGUAAAAAAUUGAUAAUUUUAAAACUCAACUCGUUCAUCAGAUAUGCCUCACAAACACAUAUGAAUUUUGAUAUCAAUUAUCUUUCCGGCAAUCUUCCGUCAGCAAUUGGUCACUACCUUCCAAAUCUGGUUGGUCUUUAUCUCAGGAAAAAUAUGAUUGGUGGAACUAUACCCUAUUCAAUCUCAAAUUGCUUCAAUCUCGAGACUUUGGAUCUCUCUGAUAAUAGUUUAGCUAGUGACCCUUCCUCUCUUGCUUUGAACUUUAUCACUUUAUUGGCAAAAUGCAAUUACUUGUCUGUGAUCUCCCUUGACAACAAUCCACAAGCUGGUAUUUUGCCGGAUUCGAUUGGAAAUCUUUCCUCACUACUUAGGGUCAUGUCUGCAAAUUCUGGUAAACUUUUUUGUACCAUUCCAAGUGGAAUUGGAAAUUUGAGCAGUCUGAAUAAAUUAGACCUUGUUGAUAACCAGUUGAUCGGGUCAUUGCCAAAUCCAAUAAAAACCUUGCAGAAUCUUCAACUUAUGGAUCUUGGUGGGAACAAAAUAAAAAUCAGUAAUCUUAUAAGCGUAACAUCAACGAAUUUCUCAAGCAAUUACUUCUCUGGAGAUAUUCCUAUCACCAUUGGACAUCUAGAAACCUUACAGGAUCUCUCUUUAGCUCACAACCAGUUGCAAGGGCAUAUCCACGACACUAUAGUACUGUGCGGAGCUCCAAGAUUUCAUGUCCCCCCAUGCCCAGAUCACACAACUCAACAUCAAACCAACAACAUAAAUAAGCACAAACUUGUAUCUACCUUAAGUACAAAAAUAAUGUUAAAAUCAUAUGAGCUUCUACAAGCAACAUGUAGAUAUAAUCAGAGUAAUUUGUUGGGUAAUGGAAGUUUUGGAUCUGUUUACAAAGGCACUCUUGAAGAUGCCACUUUUGAAGAUGGUGGGAUUGUGGCAGUGAAAGUAUUCAAUUUGCAAAUAGAAGGAUCAUUCAAGAGUUUUGACAUAGAAUGUGAGGUAUUACGCAAUCUUCGUCAUCGAAACCUAACAAAAGUUAUUAGCAGUUGUUCUAACCCUGACUUCAAAGCAUUGGUUCUUGAGUACAUGCCCAAUGGGAGUCUGGAUGGCUGGUUGCAUUCAAAUAACUCCAUUCUCAAUGUUAUGCAACGAUUGAAUAUAUUGAUUGAUGUGGCAUGUGCUAUAGAGUAUCUUCACUGUGGCAAUUUGACACCUAUUGUGCACUGUGAUCUGAAGCCCAGUAAUGUCCUACUAGACCAAGAAAUGGUUGCCCAUGUGAGUGAUUUCGGCAUCGCUAAAUUGUUAGGUCAGGACAACGUUACAUACACCAAAACAUUAGCUACCCUUUGUUAUAUAGCCCCAGAGUAUGCAUCAGAAGGGCUGGUAUCAACAAGAUGUGAUAUUUACAGUUUUGGGAUCAUGAUGAUGGAAGUUUUCACACGAAAAAGUCCUAGCGAUGAAAUGUUUGGUGAAAAUUUAAGCCUAAAGAGUUGGGUGACAGAGUUUAUGCCCAAUAGACUGGUUAACAUUAUCGAUGUUGAAUUGUUAUCAACAUUCAAUCGGCACCAUCAUGAAAUACUUGCCAACAUUCUGUCAAUCAUGGAUGUUGCUCUCUCUUGUACAAAGGAGUUUCCAAGGGAAAGAAGUAACAUUGAAGAAGUUCUAGCAAGAGUUUCCAAAGCCAUAACCACAACCAACAUCACCACGGAUCAGCUUGCUCUUCUUGCCCUGAAAGAUGGCAUCACGGAACUGCCUUCCGACCAAAUGUUGGCGAAAAACUGGACAAUUGGUUCCUCCGUCUGCGACUGGAUUGGAGUCACUUGUGGGUCUCGACAUCUCAGAGUCACCGCUUUGAAUAUUUCCGGUAUGAACCUCGCCGGAACCUUACCUCCGCAGCUGGGGAAUCUAUCAUUCCUGGUUUCUCUCGACUUGAGUAGAAACAGUUUCCACGGAGGAUUACCCGAGGAGUUUUCCGGGUUACGUCGACUGAAACUAAUUGCUUUGAGCAAUAACAAUUUCAGCGGCCAAUUCCCACCAUGGAUUGCUUCAUUUCAGGAGCUUGAAUACUUGAACUUUUGGAACAACAGCUUCUCUGGUGCUAUCCCACAGUCAAUCUCUAACAUGUCCAAGUUAACUGUCUUCAGUGUGUCCUAUAAUAAUCUUCAAGGAAACAUUCCGACAGCGAUCUUCAACAUGUCCUCUCUGAACAGAAUCUCUUUGAGUUUCAAUGGGUUUUUAGCUGGGUCGUCACUUCCAGAUGAUAUGUGUCGGCUUCUUCCGAGGCUCAAGUGGCUUGAUUUACAAGGCGCGGGGUUAAUUGGUCAAAUUCCUCCAAGCAUAGGCCAAUGUUUACAGCUUCAAGUGCUGGCUCUUGCUUCAAACUCACUUAAUGGUGGCAUACCAAAGGAAAUUGGAAACUUGAUUGGGCUUCAGAAGUUAAUCAUGUGGGAAACACAUUUGGAAGGAGCGAUCCCAAAAGAAAUCGGAAAUUUGUCAACGCUACAAGUAGUGGACUUCACCAAAAACAACCUGACAGGAGCCAUCCCAGAUGAAAUCGGCAAGUUAUCCAAUCUGCAAUACAUUAACUUCCAAGAAAAUAAGUUAACUGGAUCUAUUCCCGAAGCUAUCUUUAACAUCUCAACCUUAACCCUACUCAGUUUCGAAGGAAAUCAUCUUUCCGGGUACCUUCCUUCAACAAUGGGAUACACCCUUCCUAAUUUACAAUGGCUUAACCUUAAUCAAAAUAAUAUUCAAGGAGUGAUACCCAUCUCAAUCUCAAACUGUUCUAAUAUUCAGUUGUUAGAUAUUGGAGACAACAAUUUCACAGGGAUUAUUCCCAAUUCUCUGGGAGACCUUAGUUUACUUCAACGUUUGCGUCUCUUCUACAACAAUUUCAUCAGUGAUCCUUCAUCUCCCACUUUAAAUUUCAUCAGCUCAUUACCAAAUUGCAAACAUUUAGUGGAAAUCAGUGUGGACGGCAAUCCACUUGAUGGCAUCUUGCCCGAUUCAAUUGGAAAUCUUUCUACUUCAUUCAGAUUCUUGGUUGCGAAUAAUUGUAAAAUCAGAGGUACUAUUCCAAGUGGGAUUGGAAAUUUAAGUAGCUUAUCUACAUUUGGUCUUGCUAGCAACAACUUGAUAGGAUCAUUGCCAAAUUCAAUUCAAAACUUACAGAAUCUUCAACGUUUAUAUCUUAGCUGGAACAAAUUGAGUAUUUCUCUUCAAAUCUUUUGUCCUUGCAAGAGCCUGGGAUUCUUAUAUCUGGAGGGGAAUGUUAUAAUUGGGGGUGCAAUUCCAUAUUGCUUUGGAAAUAUUGCUUCGAUGAGAUAUCUAAACCUCGAUUCGAGUGGAUUAAGUUCUACCUUACCUUCAAGUUUUUGGAACUUCAAGGAUAUAUUGGAACUCAGCCUUUCUUCCAAUUCUCUAACGGGUUCUCUACCUCUUGAAAUUAGUAACUUGAAAAUGGUAACUUCCAUGGAUUUCUCCAACAAUUACUUCUCAGGCAACAUUCCUAGCACCAUUGGAGAUCUAGAGAGCUUGCAAAAUAUCUCUUUAGCGCACAACCAGUUGCAAGGGCAUAUCCCCGAGACAAUUGGUAAAUUGUGGAGUUUGAAGCAAUUGGAUUUAUCAUACAACAAUUUAUCUGGUUCCCUUCCAAUGUCACUAGCAAACCUUCAAGAGCUUGCUUUUUUGAAUGUCUCGUUUAACCAUUUGAGUGGUGAAAUUCCUUCCCAAGGCCCUUUUAUAAACUUGACAUUUGAAUCUUUCAUUUCGAAUCAAGCACUCUGCGGAGCUCCAAGAUUCCAUGUACCACCAUGCUCAAAUCAUUCAACUCAUCACAGGAUGAAGAGCAUACAUAUGCAAAAAAUUGUUAUAAUUUUCACUGUGAUGAUAUCAGUUGUUGGUAUAAUGUGCUUGGGAUUUAUCUAUCUAAAGUACAAAACCAAAUACAAUAUUACUAUUGAUGAUGACGAAGGUUUCUCCUUGUAUGAACAUAAAAGAAUAUCAUAUUACGAGCUUCUAAAAGCAAUAGAUGGAUAUAAUCAAAGUAAUUUGUUGGGCAUGGGUAGUUUUGGAUCAGUUUAUAAGGGCACUCUUGAAGAUGGUCAUGUUGUGGCUGUUAAAGUUUUCAAUUUGCAAUUGGAAGGAUCAUUCAAGAGUUUCGACACAGAAUGUGAAAUAUUACGUAAUCUUCGUCAUCGAAACCUAGUCAGAGUCAUAAGCAGUUGUUCAAACCCCGAUUUUAAGGCGCUGAUUCUAGACUACAUGCCCAAUGGGAGUCUCGACAGUCUAUUGCACUCGAAUAAGUAUCUUCUCAAUGUUAUGCAACGAUUGAACAUACUGAUUGAUGUGGCAUGUGCUCUACAGUAUCUUCACUGUGAGAAUUUAGUACCCAUUGUCCACUGUGAUCUGAAGCCUAGUAACGUCCUACUGAAUCAAGAAAUGGUUGCAUGUGUUAGUGAUUUUGGCAUCGCUAAAUUGUUGGAUCAAGAGAGCAUUACAUACACCAAAACGUUAGCUACACUUUGUUACAUUGCUCCAGAAUAUGCUUCGGAAGGUUUGGUAUCUACAAGAUGUGAUAUUUACAGUUUUGGGAUUAUGAUUAUGGAAGUUUUCACACGAAAGCGUCCUACUGAUGAAAUGUUUGGUGAAAAUUUAAGUCUAAGGAGCUGGGUGCAACAAUCUAUGCCUGAUGGAUUGAUUAAUGAUGGAAGAGUGGUUAAUGUUAUCGAUGCGGACUUGUUAUCAACAUUCAAUCAGCACUAUGAUGAAAUACUUGCCAGCAUAAUGUCCAUCAUGGAGGUUGCUCUUACUUGUGCGAAGGAGUCUCCAAGGGAAAGAAGUAACAUUGAAGAAGUUCUUGCUAGUUUCCACAUCCUUAACCACAACCAACAUCACCAAGGAUCAGCUCGCUCUUCUCGCCCUGAAAGAUCGUAUAGGGAACUACCUUCCGACCUAAUAUUGGCCCAAAACUGGACGGUUGAUUCCUCCGUUUGUAACUGGAUUGGCGUCACUUGUGGGUCUCGACAACUCAGAGUGACCGCCUUAGAUCUUUCCGAUAUGAAACUCACCGGAAUCAUCCCUCCCCAUCUCGGGAAUCUCUCAUUCCUGGUUUCUCUCGACAUGAGCGGAAACCAGUUCAACGGAGGAUUAAUCGAUGAGUUUUCCGUUACGUCGCCUGAAAUUUCACUGGUGUUAUCCCGCAGUCCAUCUCAAACAUGUCCCAAGUUUACAACGUUAUUUGUUCCCUACAAUGAUCUUGAGGGAAAUCUUCGGGUGAAUGAGAUCUUUAACGUUUCUUCUCUGGAAAGCGUAUCUCUGAGUGAGAAUGCAUUUUCAGAUGGUUCCUCACUUCCAGAUGAUAUGUGUCAGCGUCUUCCGAGACUCGAGUGGCUUGGUUUAGCAGGAACUGGGUUAAUUGGAGAGAUACCAAAACAAAUUGGUAACUUGAAGGAGCUUCUGGUGAUUGCUUUGUGGGGUAACCAACUAGAAGGUGUAAUCCCAAUCGAACAAAUCAACAUCUCAACCCUGACACAAAUGAGUUUAUUAGGAAAUCAUCUUUCCGGCAAUCUUCCAUCAACAAUGUGUUACACACUUCCUAAUUUAGAAACUCUUUAUCUUGUUGUGAAUAGCAUCAGCGGACCUAUACCAAACUCAAUCUCAAAUUGUUCCAAUCUUCAGAUUCUUGAGCUGGAUGACAUUUUGUUGGAUUCUAUUGGAAAUCUUUCUUCCACGUUUGAGUAUUUAGAUGCUUCCAAUUGUGACAUCAAGGGUACAAUUCCAAGUGAGAGUGGAAAUUUGAGCAGCUUAAGUAUGUUAUACCUUUAUGAUAAUCAAUUGAGCGGGCCAUUUCCAGAUUCAAUAAAAAUAAGUUGCGAGCUCUUUUGUGCUUGCCCUAACCUGGGGGCUUUAUAUCUAGAAGCGAAUCUUAUCAAUGGGGGCACAAUUCCAGAUUGCAUCGGGAAUAUUACUUCUAUGAGAAAUCUUUUCCUCAACUCCACUGGAUUAAACUCAAGCAUACCCCUGAAUUUUUGGAACCUCAAAGAUAUAUUGAUGGGGGAUAUUCCUAGUACAAUCGGCAAUUUGGAAAACUUGCAGAGUCUUUUUUUUAGCUCACAACCAAUUGCAAGGGCAAAUAUCCCUAUGACAAUCGGUGAAAUGUUAGAGUUUGAAACAAAAAAUCUUCGAGACCUUACUUUCUUCAAUGUACCCUUCAACAAUUUGAGUGGCGAAAUACCUUCACAAGAUCCUUCACCUCAUCAUAUGACAAGUAGCAUAAAUAUACACAAAGUUGUUGAUAUUGCAAGCUUAGGAUUUAUCUACCUCAAUUACAGAAGGAAAAGCAAAACAACUACUAAUGAUUCUGAAGAUCUCUCCAUGAUUGCACAUAAGAGAAUAUCAUACUACGAGCUCCUACAAGCAACCGACAAACAUGACAUCGAUAACUUAUUGGGUACUGGAAGUUUUGGAUCUGUUUACAAAGGCACACUUGAAGAUGGUUGGAUUGUUGCUAUCAAAGUAUUCAAUUUUCAACUAGAAGAAUCAUUUAAGA